GCUCGCCGUAGUAGUAGUUGGUGAGUGUUGGUGUUCUUCAAUAGGCUAUUUCGCAGUUAGCAGCAGCUGAUUUAUUUAUACUUGAUAGAAUUAUAUAAAAUGCGCUCGGUUUGUGUUCAUUAAUUCUUGCGCUGUUGUAAUUAUAAUCGCUCCGUCGUUUAAAGGCCAAUCGGGAUUUGCACAAUUUUUUUUUCACAAUUAAUUUUUGUUGUCGGCCAAACGGACACUGACGGCUAUGCGCCUAUGCCAUUGCCAUAACUCUCUCUCCCGGAGACGGACGUCUUUCUAGCACAGUCGUAGCUCGAUAUUAUAGUGUUAGCGUUUAUGAUUUAUUUUAUUUACCUUCAGUAUUGGGUAAUUUAGACGCAAGAGAAAAAUGUUAACGCUGGACGUAGUGCCCGAGAGGUCUCUGGGAUGUGAACAAUGGGAAUUCGUCCUGGGUAUGCAUUUUUGUCAAGCUGUAGCAAUAAUUCAGUCUCAAGUUGGCAUUAUAAAAGGGGUUCAAGUUUUGUAUAGUGAUAAGAACCCUUUAGAUAUUGAUCUCAUAUUAGACCUUCCUCAAGAUGGUAUUCGAUUUAUAUUUCAUCCUGUAUUUCAACGUUUAAAGAUGAUUGAAAUUGUUAACCUGAAAAAUAUUAAGCUAAAAUAUUGUGGUAUGGUGUUUAAUGCUCCAGAAGUGAUGCCCACCAUUCAACAAGUUGAACAUACUUUUGGUGCUACUCAUCCUGGUGUUUUUGAUGCAGAAAAACAAACAUUUACAUUAAAUUUUAGAGGGAUUUCAUUUUGUUUUAACGUAGAUUCAAAAUUUCAGGCUGGCAGCGCUCAGUGUGGACUUGGAUCUUUGCAAUUUGCUAGUGGAACAUCCCCAAAUGUCAGUCGUGUUAUUAUAUUCUCUGGGAGUCCACUUCCUGGUCAAGAUAUUUUAAAUAUUCCAUCACAUCCUUUGUCUUGCUACAAAGGGUUAUCUUAUUUAGAACGAUUAGAGGUGCAAAGAGAUCUUAAAAAUACCAAAGGAUUUAUGAUACAAUUAUACUUGGAAGGUUCUGGUUCAAACCGUGGUCGUAAAGUCACUUAUAAUCGUGAAAUUAAUUUUGGAAUGUCAUGCCAAGAUGUUACUUCUAUGUUAGGUACCCCUUCACAGGUUUUUUAUAAAUCUGAGGACAAAAUGAAAAUACAUUCACCAAAUGUUCAUAGACACAUAUCUGUUCCCAGAAGAUCAGAUUACUUUUUCAAUUAUUUUACCUUGGGUUUUGAUAUUCUUUUUGAUGCCAAAACACACAAGAUUAAAAAAUUUAUAGUUCAUACCAAUUUUCCUGGUCAUUAUAAUUUCAAUAUAUAUCAUAGAUGUGAAUUCUACAUUGCUUUAACUUCAGAGAAAUCAAAAUACAAUCUGUCUAAUGAUUGUAAAAAGUAUGAUAAAAAACCAAAGCCAAUUAUUGUGAAUACAUUUACUAAAUGGGACGAGAUAUCCGAAAGAUUAAAGCAUAGUGAAAGACCUGUUGUAUUAAAUCGUGGAUCAUCUGAAAACUCUACCAAUCCAUUUGGAUCAACGUUUUGUUAUGGCUACCAAGAUAUGGUGUUUGAAGUAAUGCAAAAUCAGCAUAUUGCUUCCAUAACAUUUUAUAAAAAUGACACUGAAGAUGAUGUAUGACGAAAAUUAGUCGCCACGUCUUACCCAGUGGCCUUAAUGUGCUUUUAUAAUCAAUCAGUCUUGUACCAUGAAUAACAGUAUUUAAAAAUUUAAAAAAAAUUUUGCAUACCCAAUCAAUGUACAAAAAAAAAAAAUCAUUAAAUACUUAUUAUACCUAUAUGUAUAUACACAAGGCAUAUUCAAUUUUUGACUAAAACAUAAUUUGUAUGGUCCUAUACAAUUAGUUAUUAAGUAUGAAGUCAAGUUUCAUAAAAAAAAAAAAAAUGUUAAGUUUUUCCAAAUUCUUUGGGGGAAAAAAAUCGUGUUCAAGUAGUUUUAAUUUAAAAUAUUUUAUGUAUAUACAUA